GAUCCUCCCUUUCCUUAUGGUUCUAUCUGCAUCGUUCACUGGAGCUUGCAGUGCGAGACCCUCCACUAGGACCCUGCGUUGCGCGACCCUGCACAAGCUGCCAACGAGUGGACUCGGCGACACUUGGCCCUUGUGAAGGUUAGAAACAAGAGCUGUGCCAAACUGGCUGCCCUAGACCCGGGUUAUUGGCAAAGUGGACAGUCUGGAACCGGAUCUCCACAGAGAAGUUGUCGCGCCGUUUACGACUAUCGUUUAGGAAGUUGUCUUAAGGAGGGUGAUACCUUGCUUUGAGCUUCGCUGGGUCCUGCGGCGGCAUUUGCACGCUUUCAAACAACCCGCGCGUAUUCUCGAGCAUUUCAAGACGUCAAUGGAAAGAGGCUCUGCGAGAUAAGUAAGAUAGUUAGAUCGACUCUACGGUCCCUUCCCGCCUAUCAGGUCCUCCCGCCAAAUCACUCAGAUCCCCACCCGGGAUUGGCUCGUGCCUGCCCAGCAACAGCCAUGGCUUCCGGCGCUUCCGACUUUCGACAUACACAACCUCUUCUCCAUGAAUUCAACACUUACGACUCUGACAUUACUUCCAAAACAAAAUCUUCCAAUGCAUCUCUACGGGCGUUAGAAGAUGGCGAUGCAUCAACUUUUUCUUCUGAAGAUAACGAGCUGAGGCCGCGGCCUGGGUUUUGGAGACGCUUGCUAAUGUCUGCAAGAAGGAGACGGAAUGAUGCAGCUAGGGAUGGGGCAUUUCAGAGAGUAAGAUUAGAGAAUGAUGACAAGAGGAAGACGAGGAAAAACAAGUGGAGGAAGCGACAUGUUGCAAGGGCUUGCGUUAUCGUACCGUUGCUGCUGGUGAUAUUCUUCGGCUUGGUCCACAUCCUCAAUGUAUUCCUUGGGUUUAUCCCCAUUUUCUGGGACGACCCUUCAGCAUUAUCCCGCGAUUGGCCUAUACAUGGAAAACACGGCUCAGACGCCACAUCAAAUCUUUUGGAUAUUACACGCGAUGUCACGCCUAUCCCGUGCCACUCGCACAACGACUACUGGCGCCGGGUGCCACUCUACGAUGCCCUCCACUGGGGAUGUACAGGCGUCGAAGCCGAUGUCUGGAUCUAUGACGAGGAGUUGUAUGUUGGACAUAGUGCCAAUUCGCUAACCCAUGGCCGAACUUUCCGGUCUAUGUAUGUGGAUCCUUUGGUCAAGAUGCUGGAUCAUAAGAAUGAGCUUGGCGAAAUUGGAACAACAUCAAAGACCAAGAAUGGUAUCUUUGAUACCGCAACAGCCCAGACUCUGGUCCUACUCGUUGAUUUCAAGAAUGACGGCCAUACCAUAUUUCCGGUAGUUGCUCGCCACCUGACCGCUCUACGAGAAAAAGGCUACCUGACCUACUAUGACGGCACAUCGACUAUCGAGGGCCCUAUCACCGUCGUAGCUACCGGCAACGCGCCAUUCGAUCUCAUCACAGCGAACUCAACUUACCGUGAUAUCUUCUUUGACGCACCAUUGGAUAGCUUGUAUGAUGACUCCGUCGCUUCCAGCAACGAUUCUGCCGGGCAAUCGGAGAGUUCGAAUGACUCCAUAUCGUCAGAGAUCACAACGCGUGGGGGGCAAGGCACUGUCGGCACAACGCCAUCUUCCCACUUCGACUCCACAAACUCAUACUAUGCAUCCGUCAACUUUGGCAAGAGCAUUGGCUGGUUGUGGUUCGGGCAUAUAUCCGAGGUUCAACUAGACUUGAUCAGCGGUCAGAUCCGCGGCGCUCAUGCACGAGGCCUGAAGUCCCGAUACUGGGGAGCGCCCAAAUGGCCAAUCGGUCUGAGAAAUAAAGUUUGGAAACUUCUGGUGGAAGAAGGCGUCGGCUAUCUCAAUGGAGACGAUUUACGCGGCAUGACUAGAUUAGACUGGGGGCUCAAGAAGCAUUGGGGCUUGCUCAGUUGAUCGGAAGCAGAUACUGACAGAUGCACUCAUUUUUCACGGCAUACACGGCGUUCUAGGAGCAUAUGAUAGAUUUGCAAUACAUGGCGG